AUGCUUAACAACCUCAAAGCCGCCGUCAUAGUCAUAUUAUCUCGACUCAAUUAUACCCAGGCGUCCUCAUUCACCCCUAAUUGUACUAUACCCCCUUACGGCACAAUUUACGUGUCCGCACCCACGGUACGCAGUACACUUAGUAUCUUGUGGGAAUGCCUAGGCAUUCUAUUCCUUUGCACAUGGUCAAUCCAACAUCUUAAUGUUCCCAAGCAAAGGAGGAGUGUCAAAGGUUUUUGGAACAAGUUCAAGGUUUACGUUCACACCUUCUUAGGGAAAGCUAAAUGGGCGGGUUUGGCCCUGAUAGCACUGGAGUACCUUCUGGGGAGGGCUAUGGCUGAACGGAAAGCUGCUAAAGAUGGUGUUAGAAAGCUUCAGGAGUGUUAUAGUAGCAGGGUCAUGACCUUACGGGAAAAGUUGGAGGAUUUAAAACAGCCUAGUCCCGAAUUAAGCAGAUUGCUAGAACAAGGAGCGCCUUCUUGGGGAAUUGCUCACGUUUAUAUGGCGAACGCUGGCUUCUUCGUCCUAGAUACGGGAAUAUCAAUUCCACGUCUCGACAGACCGUUUAAAAUCAACGAAGCACUCCUUCGGGGCCGUUAUUGGGCUCUCAAUUGUCGGCAAUGGCAAAAAAUAGCAGUCGAAAACGAUUACGUGGAUCUUCCGAAUAUAGAAGCUGCAGUGCUCGAAAGGCUUGACCAUAAGAGCGCACCGGUAACAAUCCUAGCAGUUCUGCAAAUUGCGACCCAUAUCGCCCAGCUGGUUACCCGCACGGCCCUUGGCCUGCCAUCAACGCCGCUUGAGAUAGGUACACUCGCUUUCGCCGCACUAAGUGCCGUUAUAUACGUGACAUACUGGGAUCGUCCGCAAGGUAUCGAAGUGAUCCACGAAUCGAAGUUAGAUUUUGACAGAUUACCACUGCCGGGAGGUGUAGGAGUAACGAUUGACGAUGUAGAUGUCGAAAAAAGUUUCAAACUAUAUAAACUACGAAACGAGCUGAUGGAUCUUGGUCACACCUACCUUUUCCAGGACGACUACCCUUCAGUUUCACUCCCGCCGCAAACUAGUCUAGACGAAUGCCCGAUUCCUAUCCCUAAUCAUGCAAUUCCCGUACUUUCAUUCGGCUCAGGGUCAAAAAUUCGCACGCCCUGGAGACGCUUUCUAAGGAGAUUAGGGCCUAGUAAUGAAAUUAGCUACGUUUUCUUGACUUCUGCCUUUGGUGGACUAAUAUUUGGUGGUUUGCAUAUUCUACCAAUUGAUUCCUCAAAUGUUGUUCUCCUUGAGUACAUCAUCUGGCUCUCAAGUUCUUGUGUCGUGGCAGCCUGGCCAUUUCUUAUGUUACGGUCAAGUUUCGUCGUUCGGCGUCAUUCCGACAAUCGUAUGUUUGACGCCAAUCCGAUCAUGCAGGGUCAAAUACUACCAGCUGUAGAGAAAAGUUCGAGGAGUCGGCUGAGAGUUAGAACUUUGGUAGUCGAGAUUGCCGUUUUGUAUACACCAUAUCUAUUGGCUAGAAGCUAUUUGCUUAUCGCUAUGUUUAGAACUUUAGUAUUCCUCUCUCCUGUGUCUUUUGAGAACACAUGGGCGGCGCUGCUCCCUCACUGGGGUUAG